GCCCGGGAGCCGGGGCGGGGGGCCGGACUCUGGGCCGGUGCGUUUUCAGCCCCAGGGCUUGCCUCAGGAAAACGCACGAAGCGUUUCCUUGGGGUGAUGGCCUUUGCUCUCCCUACGACCCAGCAGUUGGGUUCUUGACUUACUGAUUCAUCCUCUCUGCCUCUGUCAUCGCAGGUUUAAACUUACGGGAUCGCUCUCCGGAGGAGGAGGGGAUCCGCCGCGCGAUUGACAGCAUAUUCCUGCGGGCGCCCUUCCUCAGCUCCCACUACACGGCCGGAUUCGGGUGGUUCCUCUCCAGGCUGAAGCCCAGAAGGAAUCCUUAGAUUGUUUUUCUUGAAAGCAAAAUCUAGAAACCAUCGACAUUUUGCCUUGCGGCUUCCUAUUUGCAAGAUGAAGAAGUUUUUCGACUCCCGGCGGGAGCAGGGCGGCUCUGGCCUGGGCUCGGGCUCCAGCGGAGGAGGGGGCAGCAGCUCGGGCCUGGGCAGUGGCUACAUCGGAAGGGUCUUCGGCAUAGGGAGACAGCAGGUCACCGUGGACGAGGUGUUGGCGGAAGGUGGAUUUGCUCUCGUGUUCCUGGUGAGGACAAGCAAUGGGGUGAAAUGUGCCUUGAAACGCAUGUUUGUCAACAAUGAGCAUGACCUCCAGGUGUGCAAGAGGGAAAUCCAGAUCAUGAGGGACCUGUCAGGGCACAAGAACAUUGUGGGCUACAUUGAUUCUAGUAUCAACAAUGUGAGCAGCGGGGAUGUGUGGGAAGUUCUUAUUCUCAUGGACUUCUGUAGAGGAGGCCAAGUGGUUAACCUUAUGAACCAGCGCCUGCAAACGGGCUUUACAGAAAAUGAAGUGCUGCAGAUAUUCUGUGACACCUGUGAGGCCGUGGCCCGCCUGCAUCAGUGUAAAACUCCUAUUAUCCAUCGGGACCUGAAGGUUGAAAAUAUUCUCUUGCAUGACCGAGGCCACUAUGUCCUGUGUGACUUUGGAAGUGCCACCAACAAAUUCCAGAAUCCACAAACUGAGGGAGUCAAUGCUGUAGAAGAUGAGAUUAAGAAAUACACAACACUGUCCUAUCGUGCUCCAGAAAUGGUCAACUUAUACAGUGGGAAAAUCAUCACAACGAAGGCAGACAUUUGGGCUCUUGGCUGUUUGUUAUAUAAAUUAUGCUACUUCACUUUGCCAUUUGGGGAGAGCCAGGUGGCAAUUUGUGACGGAAGCUUCACAAUUCCCGAUAACUCUCGAUAUUCUCAAGACAUGCACUGCCUUAUUAGGUAUAUGUUGGAACCAGACCCUGACAAAAGGCCGGACAUUUACCAGGUUUCCUACUUCUCAUUUAAACUACUCAAGAAAGAGUGCCCAAUUCCAAAUGUACAAAACUCUCCCAUUCCUGCAAAACUUCCUGAACCAGUGAAAGCCAGUGAGGCAGCUGCAAAAAAGACACAGCCAAAGACGAGACUGACAGAUCCCAUUCCCACCACAGAGACUUCAAUUGCACCUCGCCAGAGGCCUAAAGCAGGGCAGACUCAGCCAAAUCCAGGAAUCCUUCCCAUCCAGCCAGCCUUGACACCUCGGAAGAGGGCCACAGUUCAGCCCCUACCUCAGGCUGCAGGAUCCAGCAAUCAGCCUGGCCUUCUGACUAAUGUUACCCAACCUAAAGCUCAACCCCCACCCAGCCAGCCUCUGUCACAAUCUCAGCCCAAGCAGCCACAAGUUCCAUCCACCCCACAGCAGACGCCUUCUACCCAGGCUCAGGGUCUGCCUACUCAGGCCCAGGCCACACCCCAGCACCAGCAGCAGCUCUUCCUCAAGCAGCAGCAGCAGCAGCAGCCACCACCACCAUCACAGCAACAGCCAGCACCACAGCAGCCAGCAGGCGCAUUUUACCAGCAGCAGCAGCAGACCCAGACCCAGACCCAGCAGUUUCAAGCAGUACAUCCAGCAACCCAGCAACCAGCAAUCACUCAGUUCCCUGUGGUGUCCCAAGGAAGCUCUCAGCAGCCACUGAUGCAGAACUUCUAUCAGCAGCAACAGCAGCAGCAGCAACAACAGCUGGCCACAGCUGUGCAACAGAAGACAGCCGUGGUAGCACCGCAGCCUCAGGCACAGCCAACCACAUCUCCACAGCUGGUCUCUACCCAGGAGCCCACAAUUCAAGCCCCAGCAAGGCAACAGCCAAAGGUUCAGACAACCCCACCUCCGACCAUCCAGGGCCAGAAAGCUGGCUCUCUUACUCCUCCUUCAUCACCCAAAGCCCAACGUGCUGGGCACAGGCGGAUUCUCAGUGACGUAACCCACAGUGCAGUCUUUGGGGUCCCUGCUAGCAAAUCAACCCAGCUGCUCCAGGCAGCUGCUGCUGAGGCCAGUCUCAAUAAGUCCAAGUCUGCAACCACCACUCCCUCAGGUUCUCCACGGACCUCUCAGCAAAAUGUCUGUAACGCUUCAGAAGGUUCCACAUGGAAUCCCUUUGAUGAUGACAACUUCUCCAAACUCACAGCUGAGGAACUGCUGAACAAGGACUUUGCCAAGUUGGGGGAAGGAAAGCUUCCUGAGAAGCUCAGUGGCUCAGCGGACAGUUUGAUCCCAGGCUUCCAGUCAACCCAAGGAGAUGCUUUUGUCACUUCCUCAUUUUCUACUGGAACUGCUGAAAAAAGAAAGGGUGGGCAGGCUCUGGAAUCUGGAAUCCCACUUCUAAGUGUAUCUGAUCCUUUCAUUCCUCUUCAAGUACCUGAUGCACCAGAAAAACUAAUCGAGGGACUCAAAUCUCCUGACACUUCUCUUCUGCUCCCUGACCUCUUGCCUAUGACAGAUCCUUUUGGCCGCACUUCUGAUGCCGUGAUUGAAAAAGCUGAUGUUGCUGUUGAGAGUCUCAUACCAGGACUGGAACCACCCGUUGCCCAGCGCCUCCCGUCUCAGACAGAGUCCGUGACCUCAAACCGCACAGAUUCUCUCACUGGUGAAGAUUCUCUGCUUGAUUGCUCUCUGCUUUCUAACCCUACUGCUGACCUUCUGGAAGAGUUUGCCCCCAUAGCAAUCUCUGCUCCUACCCACAAAGAAGAUAGUAAUCUCAUCUCAGGUUUUGAUGUCCCUGAGGGCUCGGAAAAGGUGGCAGAAGAUGAGUUUGACCCAAUUCCUGUUCUGAUAACCAAAAACCCACAAGGUCUACAAAGAGAGCCCAGUCCUCAUCUUGUCAUUACUGUAGAGCACUUUAAAGAAUCAACAGGCACUAAAGGCUUUGUCCUCCACUCAGAUCCCUCUAGAGCACCUGGCACAAAGACUCAGAACAGCUUAGAGUCUGACUACUUGGCCCGAGAUGGCCCUUCAAGCAACAGCUCUUUCCACAGCAGUGAGGAGGAAGGGACUGACCUGGAAGGAGAUAUGCUAGAUUGCAGUGGAUCUCGGCCUCUACUCAUGGAGUCUGAAGAGGAGGACGAUAGCUGUAGGCCUCCACAGGGGAAGUUGGGAGGAAGAGUUCCGUUUGCUCCAUCUGAAGGCUCUUCUGAGCAAGCAAAGACAGCACAAGGUGGAACAAAGGACCAGUUCCAGUCCCUCACACAGCCAGCUACACAUGGACUUGGUGAGCCAGACGUUUUUGCCACAGCCCCCUUCAGGAGCUCAAGAGUUCCAACCAAGGACUCGGACAUCUUCUCUAAAGCCCCAUUUGUCUCCAAGGUCUGUGUGGCUCCGGCCCAGCCAGAGGAAGUAGAUGUGUUCUUGAGAGCUCCUUUUGCCAAGAAGAAAAGCAUGGAGGAAUUAACAGUUGUCCAGGGCUCCUCCCAGGAGUUGCCCUUACAGGCCAGCCUCCUCAGUAAGACAGGCGACGUCCCGCUUCUCUCAGGCCUUGACAGAGCAAUGUACACCCCCAUCCAGGCUCAGUACUCCAUAACUAGCUUUGUGCAACCAUGCAGUCUCCCCUCCCAUUCUGUACAAGCAGCAGACCAUCCUGACAGCGUCUCUCCCAGGGGAUCCUCUCUGGAAGCAGGGGGCCAUCCUAAUGACAGAAACAGAGGACCUCAAGCCCAGAAAGAACCUGUCUCAGGUCCUAUAGCUGGCAAACCAUUCCGCCCCCAGUCUUUAUCCAAAUAUUCCCGUCAUUAUAGCCCAGAAAAUGAGUCAAGUCCAGAAGCCCAGCCCAUUGCUGCCUACAAAAUUGUUUCACAAACCAAUAAGCAGUCAAUAGCUGGCUCUGUGUCUGUCACAUCCCUUUCCUCCAGGACUCCAGACCUGCCUGCUGCUGAUCCUUUUGCUUUAGCGCCUUUUCCUUCCAAAGCAGGCAAGCAGAAACCUUAGGAGCAGGACCCAAGCCUGAGGCCUGCCCCCACUUCCCCCAUCAGCACCCACUAUACCACCCCCCGCAGAGCAUGCCCAGGAGGAAGGGAAUCCACUCAGACCUUCCCUGUGCUCCACAGUAGAGUCUCUUCAACAGACUGAGUUGCAUUGAGAUUUAGUUGAAGCCAUGUAAAGUUAUGUUUAUUUCUUUUGUUUAAUGUCUGGACUUCAGACACUUCUGCUUUCUUCAUAGAGAUCCUCACCCAUAACUCUGAAUUUUCCCCCCAGAAAUGGAUUUUAAUCCAGGAAUAUUUUGCCCUCAUUUUCCAAGGAGCAUAUUUUAUUGCUAGUUUUAAUCCCUGCAGCUCCUGCUGUGGCUCAUGUACAUCAAACAGUCCAGGUUAACCUCUCCAGGAUUUGAUUGCAUACUUUUGGAACAGGAAGAAAAAAGAAGAGCAAUGUAAGCAUCCUGCCCAUCUUAAAAAGUUACUCCUACAGCCACUUAUCAUUCCUACAGAGCCAGUGGCUCGCAAAGGAUUCUAGGAUCUGAGUCUAAACUUUGCUGGUCCUUUGCACAAGCAUUCAGGUGUGUGACAUGGGUCAGACUCUUCCCCCAUGUAGAAAGAAGUGCACACAUGGGAGAGGGGCACUCUGCCUCGGCACAUGGCAUGUCCCUCCCCACAUGUCUGCUUUUUAGUAGGGAUGCACGGGCAUGUGUGUGAGCAUGUGUGUGUGUGUAUGUGUGUGUGUGUGUAGAACUCAUUUUUCCUUGGGUAAAGUUGUCCACUGUGCCUACCUCUACGUAUCAGGUCACUCACUUUCUGGCAUUUGCAUGCUGGCCUGACAUAACCCUGGUUUUAUUUAAUUUUUUUUUUUUUUCUUGUGGCAAAAUGGAAGUCCUUCGAAGGUAUAGGAAAGUCUUCCUGGACCCAAGGGUUCAGAGAGGACUUUUUCUUUUUUUAUUAUUUUGUUUUUAUUGACAACUUCCAUAGUUAUAGACAAUGGACCCUGAAUCUUGGAAGGUGUGAUAGAGAUGUUUCAGUACUGACCACUCCUCUGUCAU